AUGAGGACCUGGCUCUGUGACUGGGGGCAGAGGCUGGAGAUCUUCCUCCCUUUCCUGGGCACCUCCCGGCCCCUGCUGCGCCGCUGCUGCCAGACCUGCACCCCAAGGAGCUGGGAUGGUUUCUACCAGCAGAGGUUCUCCUCCCUCAGCUUCCGUGAUGCCAUCUGGGUGACAGAGGAGGACACACGGUUCCGCGGCUGGCUGGUGCGCAGGGCCUGUGCCCUCCUCGCCGUCUGGGGCUGGAAGCUUCCUGCAGACACCCCUGGAGAUCUCCCAGCAAGGAUCUGCAGCAGCAAGAGGCUCCAGGAUGUCUCCAGCAGCUGCUCCCCCAGCUCCAGAGGGGACAGCAAAUCCUCCCAGCGCUGGAAGGAGAAAGUCCUGCAGGUCCUGGCUGAGAUCCAGGCCCCACUCUCCCUGCUCCUGCUGAGGUUGUGCCACUGGGCUCUGCUGAAGCUCCUGAAGCGCCUCUUCCUCAACGUGCAGCUCCACCGAGGGCAGCUGGAGAUGGUGCUGAGGGCCUCCCGCACGCCCGCCCUGCCGCUGGUCUUCCUCUCCACCCACAAGUCCCAGCUCGACGGGCUCCUCCUCUCCUUCAUCCUCUUCUCCCAGGGGCUGGGGGUGCCCAGGGUGGCAGUAGGUGGCCAGCCCUGCAGCCCUCCCCUGCGAGCCCUGCUCAGACACCUGGGAGGGAUCUUCCUGCCUGCAAGGAUGGAGCAGGAUGAAGAGCUGCUGGAGGCUGUCCUGACCACGUAUGUCGAGGAGGUGCUGAGGAGCUGCCAGCCGCUGCUCAUCUUCCUGGAGGAGCCACCCACGUCCCCGCAGCUCUCGGCCGCGGCGCGGCGCUGGCUGGCCCCGGUGUACCGAGCCGUGCGCGGCGGCGCCGUCCCCGACGCCCUCCUGGUGCCCGUGGGCAUCGCCUACGACACGGUGCCCGGCGGGGCCCAGCAGCAGGGCGCGCAGCCCCUGGGCCUCGGCGCCUGCCUGUGGGCCGCGUGCCGGGCGCUGUGCCGGCGCCGGGGCUGCGCCCGCGUGGACUUCGCCCAACCCUUCUCCCUGCAGGAAUUUGCAGCCAAGACCCUGACCAGAGGCAGCUCUGCAGGAAGGCCUCCAGCAAAGCUGCUGCUCCCCAGCAUCCUUGGCCUGUGCCCCAGCCAGCUGGAAGCCAAGAGGGCAGAGAUUUGGGGUCCUGGCUCCCCAACAGCCAGCAGUUUGGAGGAGGAAGAGGAGAUGGUGGUGACAGAGCUGGGCCUGCACUCGCUGAGCGAUGGCAUUGGCUGCUCAGCUGUCAUGGCUGUGGGGAUCACCUCUGCCCUCCUGCUGCACAGGCACCGGGAGGUGAUCCUCCUCUCCCGGCUGAUGCUGGACUUUGCCUGGCUGCUGGAGGAGCUGCUGCUGCGCCAGCAGGAUGUGGGCUUCUCGGGGCAGCUGCGUGCCCUGGUACAGCACAGCCUGAGCCUGCUCCGUGCCCACCUCACCUGCUACCACCUGGCCUCCCUUGGUGACGUCCUGGUGGUGCCCAAGGCCUCGGCAGAGGCCCGGAGGGAGCUGAGCUGCCACAGCGCUGCCCUCCUGCCCGCGCUGGCCAGAGAGGCGCUGGGGGCCUGUGCCAUCCGUGCCCUGCUGCUGGAGAUGUUGCCCUUCCUGGGAGCCCCUGCUGGCCCCUCUGGCGUGGUGCUGAGUGAGGAGGAGCUGUGCCACAAGAUCCUGCAGCUGCUCCAGCUGCUGCCCCCAAACCUGCUCGGCCUCCAGCCCUGUCAGCCCCUCGACUGCCAGAGCCAGGACAUCGUGGACAAGCUGCUGCUGUGUGGGCUGCUGGAGGUUCAGGAGGUGGAGAGCAGGCCCUGGGUCUGUGACUUGGCCUCGCAGAGGGCCCGGCCCUGGGCGGGGCUGGAGGACAGCGACAGCGAGGAGGAGGUCCCCAAGCGCUGCUACAAGCUCCAGGAGCCCCCAGGCUCCCCUGGCUUCCUCUUCUUCCUCUGCCGGCUGCUGAGCCCUGUGCUGAGGACCUACGGCAGAGCUGCAGCUUUCCUGGAGCAGCCCUGCUGGCCCCAGCCCGAGGAAUCCUGUGUGGAAGCACUGCUGCAGUUCCUGGCCCAGGAGGACAGUGUUGGUGAGCUGGACUGGAGCCUGGCCCUCAGCUCCCUACAGACCUUCAAGGCACUGGGGGUGCUGGAGGAGAUGCAGACCCCCGCAGGAGUCCUGCUCCAGCCCUCCCACCUGCUUCGGUCGGGCACCAACCAGGGCAAGCUGGAAGCCUUCAUCCAGCAGUUCCACCAGCCCUGAGCUGUGUUCAUAAAGC